CACCGUUAGUGUUUCGAUGAAGCUUGCUUUGAAAAACAUAUAUAAGUUACUGUUUGACAAAACACAUUUCAAUAAGUUCUUAUACAUUUAUAAAUUUGCUUCAGAUACUUUCGUCACUUGGGACGGAUGUCCCAUGAUUAUUGAAAAAAAGAGAAAGAAAUCGUAUUUAUUAUAUAACCUACAUACAAUUGGAAGAUUGAAGCAAAGUAGAUAUGUUCUCAGCGAAGUCUAACGUGAAAUCAACGUUACUUUACGGGCCAGCUGAAUUGAGUAAAUCUUUUAUGUUUGAGGCAGCAAUUUACUGGGCCGAGGAAGGACGUUGCGUCGUUUACAUUACACCGGCCCCGUUGGAGGAACUGCCAGCAGCCUGCCAUGAUAGAAGUAAUCCAGCACCCAUCGCUUUCAAGCUGAUGAGAUUUAUGUACUUGGCUGACUAUGAGGCUCUCGUAAAUCGACUUGUCGAGCUGCACACCUUCGUCAGUUUGCCUUCUGUGCUUUUGAUCGAUAACUUCGACGCUUAUAUCAACUAUAAAGAAAGUGAGGUGUCGCAAGAUGUACAUUUUGCCAGAACGUGUUCACUAAUUCUCGACACAAUGAAUUCUUGCGCGCGAAUCCUGAAGACCGACGUAUAUGUAUGCGCCUGGUCCUUUUCCGCGAUGGAAGAUAUUUGCCCAUACACGAUAUACUUUACCAACAUUUGGAAUGUAACAAACGAAGAAGAAAGUAAAACGAUACUGGUACAAAAAUACACGCAAACCGUUCCUACCGAGCAGUGUCCAAUCUAUAGAUACUGUAAACUUGAAGAUGGAACGAGGGUGUUAAAACAAAUUUUGUAUGAAGCUGCGGAGGAUCAAUCUUAGAAGUUCAUUUUAGAAUCACAGUUUUCGAAGUACAGUGCUUUCGGGAAGGAUAUUUUCAAAUGUAAAUGGAGUUAGUAGGAUAGAAGAAACAAUAUUACAAGAGCUUCAAUUAUUUUAAUAUAUCGAAAUGAUGCAUCGAAAAACAUUU